UAUUACAUAAAUUUCAAAUUAAUUCAAACGAUUCCUUCUCAGUAGUAAACCACACUGUUUCCGUGUCGCCAACGAUUAGGUGAUAAAUAAGUGGUUUGAUCUUCCAACGCUAUAAGUCCAUCACCUGUGCGUGGAGACCACACGACAUCAAAGCAAAACCAGAAUAUGUGAGCCUCAUCGGACACGCAUCCUCAUCAAAGCUAAACAUUCUUUCGAAACCAAUCUAGUCAAGACGAAUAAAAAAUCAAAACCAAAACGUCUGACGGAUAUGCCUCCCAGUCGGAGCUUGCUUUCCAAAUAGUCAGCAUCAAACGCGGGCGGAAUAGAGAAUGGAAGAGCAACCGCCAAAUCUAGUCGCACAGAAGAAAAUUUAAUCUCGUGAAGUGAAUUUGGCUGAUCAACAACCAACCAACCAACCCUUUGCUGGCGCUCGUUGUUCACAAUCAGUUCCCACGCGAAAGUUACUCGAAAUCAAAGAAGAGCACAGGCAGCAGUAAUCGUGCCGGUUACGUCGAAAAAUGGAAAAGCUGCAACUGUGUCGAGCAAACAGAAGUGAAAACUCUAUCCUGUGAAGAAAGAAAAAAAUACGGAGGAAAUCUCAAUCCGGAAAAGGCAGCAUAACAUACAUAAAAGUGAGCUUCCUCAAGCGGCACUGCGGGAACACUUGUUACAAGUAAAGCUGCCAGUGCGCGGUGUGAAAGCUGCCCGAAACCAACCAAAGGAAGAUAGAGCAUAGAGAAGAUAUCAAAAUUAGAUUUAGGGAAUUUUAAGUGCUUUAUUGUAUAAAGAUUUGCGGCGCGAUUCUGGCUUCCCUGGGGUUUCCGUUUUCUUUCUUCGCCCGUCCCACUCUAGGCGGGAUUUGUAAGCCCUGCAUCCGCAUCCGCACCGAGUGCUGAUCUGCCGGUAAAGUGUGAAAAGUGAAGAUUGUAGAUUUGGAGCAUUACCGCGAGUGCAAGUGUGAAAAGCUACGCGUAUUGUUGGAGAAAACCCCACCAGACUUUUCGGCUGUCAGACGAGCAAAGUCAGCAAAGACGGCACAAUGCGGCGAGGAUAUGUUAGUUUAGUGGCAUGUGUAGUAUUUAGUAUAUCGCUACUAUCCACAGUGCACAAAGCUAAUGCAUUUAGUGCAUGGCAGGCACUCAUGCUCAACCCGGACGUUCUCCAGAUGCUGAUGAACGGUGGUUUUGACACGCGACAGCCGGCGCGUAUAUUCCUUCCUCCCAAGUUCUACUCCUCGAUCCUGUACGACAAUGGCCACCGCAGCCCGGAAGAAAUUUUCCGCACCAAUCUGGAGCUCAUGAUGGAAGCCGUUUACGAUGACAGUCUCCUGCUCAAGCAAAGCCCAUCAACGGCAUCAUUAUCACAAGCCGAGCUGACAGCUGGAACGGCACCAUCAGGCGAAACGUUCAAUCGACCCAACUCAAUUUCGUAUUCUGAUGGUGCCACAGGAAAUCGCAAUAAAGGAAGCGGAGCAUUGGAGAAAAAUACUGUAACAAAUUUCAAAUUGUCCUCGGCAUCAACUCCGGAGAAGACGGUGUCUUUGCCAUACAUUGUGGAUCACACUAGAGGCGGCGUGCCACAAAUUGCCAGUGGGAACCCUGCCGGAGAGAAAAGACAGAGCUUCGACAGUAGUAGGGAUCGCGUUCGAGUAGCUGGUGUAGGGUACAAUCUUCGCCAAGCACUUCCCGGUGAACCAGAUGUUGACUAUCCGAUUCUGGGGCACAUUCCGGAUACCAGUUUUAAAUGUUUGGGACGACGUGAUGGAUACUAUGCAGACGUGGAAGCUCGAUGCCAAGUGUUCCGAGUUUGCGCCAAUACAGACGACUCCGGAUCAGGCUUUGCCUUCCUCUGUCCAAACGGCACGCUGUUCAAUCAGAAGUUCUUUGUUUGCGAUUGGUACAUGAACGUUCGCUGCGAGGAAAGUGAAAAUUAUUACGGCAAAAACGAGGAGCUGGGAAAAACCACUGCAGACUUUGGAAAAAUGAUGGGAGCUGUGAUGUCGAUGGUUGGCUUCCCAAUGAUGUCCUCGGUGAUGACGGGCGUUGCUGGUGCUGAUGGGGCACUCAACUAUGGCAAACCAAGCUCACUUAACGAUGAUAUUCUGUCAAACGAGAAAAACGGUUACGGCUUUAAUACGGUCGAUUUUGCCGGAGAAAAUCUAUCCCCUUUCAACCAGGAUGACAACAGGAAAAAGUUUAUUCCAUCAAAUGAAGGAGCGACGGGUGGUGGCGCUUUCCAAUCAAAAUUCAAUAAGGGGAGUAGUUACCAGUCUCACACGAGCAAGGACGUGACACAUCCAUCGCAUCAAGUGUACGUCUCCAGUUUGGGAACUCUAUCAACCGACCCACAGUCAGGGUUCGACCCAGUGAAAUCAACUUUCCUUGCACCUCACGUUGGAGUGGAACUGCUACCACCGAGAUUGACGAGUGGUUGGGAAGCACCAUUCAACGCCCAGAAGCAGCUGUAUAACGAAGCGGCCAUUUCCGCACCACCGAUGCCAAAGGCAGAAUUCGAGCUGCUGAUGGGACAGCUGUUGAAAACGUGGACCGAUAUGGGUUAUGCCAAAACUUCCUCGUUUGGGCCCCAACCACCGAAAGCCAUUCUACCACCGUCGGGCGUUCUGCCACCAUCACCGGUUCCGUUCGGCACGAAUCGACUGCAGCUCGUCGCUGGAAAGCCUCAAGUAGCUCAAACUUCAGGCACACGUAGGCCCCAUCCUGCCGCGGUUCAGAACGUGAUUCGAGUGAACAAAGUAUUUGUCGCGCCGCAAAGUUAUCGCCCAUCAAGUUAUGUUACUUUCUCGCAAGCAUUCAUUCCGCAAUCUGUGGUCCAGAGGCUCCCCGUGGGAAGUCGUCCCAUCGUAAAUCCAUCAACAGUUCAGAUUUCGCGGCGACAAGGCGUUCCAGUUCAAAGAAUUUUGCGACCAGCACCGUCGUCAGCAUCAGCUGUAAGGAGCGAAAUCGGAUACGACAUAGAAGUUGUUCCCUCUAAUGGGUAUUAUCUGAAUAACGAGCAGGAGAGAAACUCAUAUUUUGAUGCGCUGAACAAACAAGCUAAAUCGACAAACGGUUUCAAUUACUUCGGUGGCGUGUCGUCCUACAAUGUUCCGAUCAGUAGUAUAGGGCCAGAAUAUAAUAGACGUCGUUAGGAGAAUUAGGUUUGAGCUAUAAUCGUUUAGUUUUGUACACACUCUAGUAGCUAUUAGGUUUAGGGUUUUGUAGUUGGUAUCUAACAGAUCCGAAAGUAGUUCCAUUUGUGAAUAAUUUGUUUGUAGCAAAUUUCAAAUAAAUACUGU